AUGACAACGACAAGCGAUACUACCACAACGUCAAUAUUAACAUUUCUUCCAACCGGCAUAUACGCACUGUCAAUUCCAACUUGUGCUACAUGGAAUCAAACCGGAAUUACUGUAGCUGGUAAUUCAAAUGGAAAUUCUGGGUCUGAUCUGGCAUCUCUCAUCAACCCGGUGGACAUUUUUGUCGAUAACAAUUAUACUCUCUACAUAGCUGACCGAGACAACAAUCGAAUCGUUAGAUAUCAUACCAAUGAUACAAUCGGCACCGUGGUGGCUGGUAAUUCUACUCCUGGUGACAGUCCAAGUGAAUUGAACGCGCCGAAGGGUAUUGCCGUCGAUCAAUACGGUGCUAUUAUUGUUGCCGAUAGUUCAAAUUAUAGAAUUCAAAGAUUUCCUCUCGGCUCAACGGUCGGAACAACAUUAGCUAUCAAUAGCACAACAAAUAUUCUAGGUCAAGUUCGAGAUCUGCACAUCAAUGUCAAUAAUGACAUUUUUGUCACAGAUUCAGAUUAUAGUCAUGUUAUUAAAUAUUACCCAAACAACGGCGUCGGGGUAAUUUUAGCCGGCAAUUAUGGAUCAGGCUCAGCAGCAAAUCAGUUGUCCAACCCAUAUGGAAAUUUCGUCGAUGGAAAUGAAACGCUGUAUGUAGCUGACUAUGGAAGUAACCGUGUGCAGAUGUACCUGACUGGGGCAACAAGUGGUACCACUGUAGCCAGUCUCACUGGUUCCUCUGGCUCGAGUUUAACGCAAUUGAAUGGUCCUAUAGCAGUCGUUGUCGAUAAUAAUGGAUAA